AUGGCGGAUCUGAUUGACGAAAGAGGAAACCCGAUCUAUCUCACGGACAACCACGGCAAGCCAGCUCAGCUGAUGGACGAGUUUGGCAACGCCAUGCACCUGACAGGUGUCGCAACCACAGUUCCUCACCUCAAGGAGAGCAGCUACACUGGUCCACACCCGAUCACUGCCCCAGUCACCACCACCGAUACUCCUCACCAAGCACAACCUAUCUCCGUGUCUCACAACCCUCUUGAAGACCAUGAUCUCCGCUGGUUCGGCACUUCCUCCUCCAACUUGACGGAGGACAAUGGUGGAGGAGCACGGAGGGAAACUAAUCUAACGGGUCAUGAAACUAAAUCGAAGCUAGGCGCCAACGAGCCAUCAAGUGCGACCGUAACAGGAACGGCUCACGAGCCGCAUAAGAAGAAAGGUUUCUUUAAGAAGAUUAAGGAGAAACUUUCUGGCCAUCACAACGAUCCCUGA